AUCGGAAGUGGAUCCAUUAUGCCGGUGUUCUUGUGCACGCGAACAUCAGCGUGGACUUUCAGCUCGAAACUUCUUUGCAAGUUUGCGAAUUUCCCUACUCUUCGCCCAAGCAGCAGUCAAAGAUUUUCAGCCUGUCGAAAUUUAUUUUUGCAGUCAAGCACAAGUCGGAACUGCGCUUAUAUUUCUGUGCAGAGGAAAGGCCUAGCGUCGAGACGGACCGGGCUGAAUAUUUCUGUACAUAAUAUCUCCACAUACCGCAAGAAAAUGUCAUCUUCGCGGUCAGACCCUGGCAUGAGGCAGAGGAUGGUGUGGGUGGACUUGGAGGUAACGUUAACGUGCCUUGCUAGCUAGAAGCUAGCAAUUGCAACUGGUUUGUCCAUUACUGGUAGUUAGCUAACUACCGUAAGUUCUAGCCUACUUAACAGCUAGCCUGUAAAGGCUGGCUAUCUAUUCACAUGCUAGCUGUUCAGAUAGAACUUGGCCUGAAAGUACUAGUGACAACUGUAAUGUCGAGGUUCUUUGCUGCUAACAACUUUUGAUAGGUAACGUAUCCAUAGCUGGCUAGCUAGCGUUAGUUGAAUUAACACCAUGGUGUUCGUUUUUUUAACUAGUCCACAUGAAAUGUCUGCUUCUCUCAGAUAAUCAUUUUCUCAGAGGUCAUAGAGUUAUUGUAUUUAUUAGCUAGCUUCCAAAUUACUACAUCUGUCAUACAUGCGUUUUGCUACUAAUCCAUCACUCCCACUGCAGUGCGCUGUCAACCUAGUCAUCCAUUUUGUGUCAGUGCAAUGUAAUGAUGGUUUUCUAAGGCUGAGAUUCAAAUGCUGUAGCUGUAUCUAACUAACUAAACAUACCUGACAUUUUAAGUGUAAUGAUUAACGUUAGUAUCUGGCAUUUUAAUUUUAAAUGACUCAUGAUUAACAUGCAUGUUAUUUAUAGUAAGCAAGACAAAAAACCUGUAUUUUUUGUCAAAAGGCCAGAGCAGAAUGAUGGUGCAUUUUUGAUGAUGUAGUUGUUUACUAUAACAUAGCUUUUUGAAUGGGAAUGUCUUCUCUAUGCAUAGUAGCUAAAGUAGGCCUACACCAUUUUCUCUUAUCAUGUACAUUCAAUUUUUCAGAUGACAGGACUGGACAUCGAGAAGGACCAGAUCAUUGAAAUGGCGUGCAUCAUAACAGAUUCAGAAUUAAAUGUUUUAGCUGAGGUAAUUCGCAUUUUGGUUGCCACCCAAAUUCCUAUUGCCUACAUAAUGCUCUACAUUUGACCAGAGCUCUAUUGGCCCGGGUCAAAAGUAGUGCACUACACAGGGAAUAGGGUGCCAUUUGGGAUGUAGAACUGUCAUUCAAUUUGUUGCAUUUUCUUCCCCUGUACAUUAUGUGAAGAAUUACAUGAAAGGUGUCUUAUGUUGAUAGGGUCCCAAUUUGAUAAUCAACACAACCGACGAACUGCUGGACGGGAUGGACGACUGGUGUAAAGAACAUCAUGGCAAUGUAAGCUAUGACUUGUGGAAUGUUGUCUACGUCCCGAUUCUCCACCCUUUUCCUGAAAUGUGAACUUGGACAAUCCCCAUCAUGGAUUUAAAAGCAUUGAUGUAAUCAUUGGCAUGAGGGAUUUAACACCAUUGUAAAAAUCCAUGUGAGAAAGUUUGCAAGUGAAUGGAGAAGGAUGGAGAAUUGGGACUCUUGCCUGUCACCUUGUUGCAAGUUGUCUCAGACUGAAAUGGUCAGAUGCAUUUUGCCUAAUGAACAAGAUGCUGCACAAGCACAAAUAAGUAUCCUAAUUCAAAAGUCAUCAGUUUAAUUACUCAGUACAUAAACUAAGGAAGCUGAACAGUUAAUACAUUCAUAUUGUACAUAAAUGAUGUUCCAUUAAAGUCUUUACUCAGUGAUAUACUUAAAGUGACAUUAUCUUAGUGCCAGUAGGUCUACAACCACAAUACCUGUACUAGCUGCUCCUCAUAAAAACAGUAUCGUACCUCGAAUUAUAGCAGGGCUCCCCAACCCUGUUCCUGGAGAGCUACCCUCCUGUAGGUUAUAGCUCCAACCACAGUUGUAUCUAACCUGGUUCAGAUGAUCAACCAGCUAAUUAUUAGAAACCGGUGUGCUAGAUUAGGGUCGGAGUGUGAACCUACAGGACAGUAGCUCUCCAGGAACAGGGUUGGAGAGCCCUGUGUUAUUAUAGACGCAACGAUAGUCACGUCUAGAUAGGCAUUGGUUGAAGCUCAUUGUUCAAUUCAAAUCCCCCUACCAUCAUAUCUAAUCCAAUAUGACACCAAUCUCAAUGAAAAUUAGCAAAUCAACUUGAUUGGAGGUACAGAACAUACUCCCCACCUUGUCAUAAGCUGUCCAUCCGUUACCGAGAACCAUAUACCAGAUUUUUUAACAGGGUUGUUAGCAAUUGAGUUUUAAGAGUAUUUCUUGCGGCUACCUAUCUCAAAUUCUAGACGCCGGAUUAAAAUGAGACUAGCAUCCAUAAAGUGACUAUUGGAUUUUAAAAAAUGUCAGAUUGACUAACUUUGUAGGUGCAACAGUUUAAAAAAUAUAUAUAAUUAUCACUCUCACAUGCACAUUUCCAUCCAUUAACCCCCUAAAGUCGAUGUCUGUUCCCCCACGGAAAUCUAAUUAGCAUUUUUUUUUUUAUCCCAUAAAAGUCUGUCAGUUUAAACUAUAUGUUUUUUUUGUUGUUGCAUUGGAUGCGUCUCAAUCCACCACAUCCGCCUAUGUCGCACUUCCGCGUCUGCGGUGAAAGGUGGCAGAACAGUGUUUGUCAGACCAUAAAAUUGUCUGUGACGUCCGAAUGGUGGUCUCCGUUUUGCUCUAGGAUGCUCACAGAACUCGUCGGAAGGUCCCCCAGUACCGGUUGAAAAAAUGAAUGGGAGGAUACAGUACAUACGGAAAGUAUUCAGACCCCUGGACUUUUUCCACAUUUUGUAACGUUACAACCUUAUUCUAAAAUGGAUUGUUGUUUUUCCCUCAUCAAUCUAUACACUACCCCAUAAUGACAAAGCAAAAACAGGUUUUUAUAAAUUUUAGCAAAUGUAUUAAAAAAACUAAACUGAAAUCACAUUUACAUUAGUAUUCAGACCCUUUACUCAGUACUUUGUUGAAGCACCUUUGGGAGCGAUUACAGCCUCAAGUCUUCUUGGGUAUGAUGCUACAAGCUUGGCACACCUGUAUUUGGGGAGUUUCUCCCAUUCUUCUCUGCAGAUCCUCUCAAGCUCUGUCAGGUUGGAUGGGGAGCGUCGCUGCACAGCUAUUUUCAGGUCUCUCCAGAGAUGUUCGAGCAGGUUCAAGUCCGGGCUCUGGCUGGGCCACUCGAGCGUUCAGAGACUUGUCCCGAAGCCACUCCUGCAGUGGCUUGGCUGUAUGCUUAGGGUCGUUGUCCUGUUGGAAGGUGAACCGUCGCCCCCAGUCUGAAGUCCUGAGCACUCUGGAGCAGGUUUUCAUCAAGGAUCUCUCUGUACUUUGCUCCGUUCAUCUUUCCCUCGAUCCUGACUAGUCUCCCAGUCCCUGCCACUGAAAAACAUCCCCACAGCAUGAUGCUGCCACCAACAUGCUUCACCGUAGGGAUGGUGCCAGGUUUCCUCCAAACGUGAUGCUUGGCAUUCAGGCCAAAGUGUUCAAUCUUUGUUUCAGCAGACCAGAGAAUCUUGUUUCUCAUGGUCUGAGAGUCCUUUAGAUGCCUUUUGGCAAAGUCAUUCAUGUCUUUUAAGGACAGUCAAGCAUUUUAGUUAUACAACGAAAUAACAAAGGGAGCCUUGAAUUAUUAAACAAUGAAUAAACCGCAACAUGUCGGCUAAAGUGAUUGAAUUCACUAAUGCAUUUGACUGUUUUUAAUAUUGGCUAUACUAGAGACUUUAAAACCUUAUUUUGUUAGAACAGACUAUAUGGGAUUGAUUAUAAUUUGUUUGUAUAUUAUUGUAUUUGUUGUGCUGUUUAUACUGUUAGAAAUGUAGCUUAAUUAAAUUGAUUAAUAUUAUGGUAAUUUUAUUCCAAGAAAAACGAAAAUGCAUUUUACAGUAGCCUAUGUAGGCCUCAGGGUUUCCGUUAGGAAAAUAUGGCGCUGUACAACGUGACCGGUUGGGAGUAGGCCUAGGCUACUAAGCGACUGCGAGUGAAGAGCAAAAUAAUCCUACCAUUUCCAAAUCAAAUUUCAUUGGUCACAUACACAUAUUUAGCAGAUGUUAUUACGGGUGUAGCGAAAUGCUUGUGUUCCUCGCUCCAACAGUGUAGUAAUAUCUAACAAUUCACAACAAUACACAUAAAUCUAAAAGUAAAAGAAUGGAAUUAAGAAAUAUAUAAAUAUUGGGACGAGCAAUGUCUUGAGUGGCAUUGACUAAAAUACAGUGAGUACAGUAUACAUAUGAAAUGAGUAAAACAGUAUGUAAACAUUAUUAAAGUGACUAGUAUUUCAUUAAAAGUGACCAGUGAUUCAAAGUCUAUGUACAUAGGGCAGCAGUCUCUAAGGUGCAGUGUUGAGUAACUGGGUGGUAUCCGGCUAUUUAAAAGUCUGAUGGCCCUGAGAUAGAAGCUGUUUUUCAGUCUCUCGGUCCCAGCUUUGAUGCACCUGUACUGACCUCACCUUCUGGAUGAUAGCGGGGAGAACAGGCCGUGGCUCGGGUGGUUGAUGAUCUUUUUGGCCUUCUUGUGACAUCGGGUGCUGUAGGUGUCCUAGAGUGCACGCAGUGUGCCACCGGUGAUGCGUUCGGCAGACCGCUCAACCCUCUGCGCUUUGAAGCUUUUCACCUUCUCUAUUGCGGUUCCGUCGAUGUGAAUAGGGGUGUGCUCUCUCUGUUGUCUCCUGAAGUCCACGAUCAGCUCCUUCGUUUUGUUGCGGGAGAGGUUAUUUUCCUGGCACCACUCCGCCAGGGCCCUCCCUGUAGACUGUCUCAUCAUUGUUGGUAAUCGGGCCUACUACUGUUGUGUCGUCUGCAAACUUGAUGAUUGAGUUGGAGGCGUGCGUGGCCACGCAGUCAUUGGUGAACAGGGAUUACAGGAUGGGGCUGAGCACGCAUCCUUGUGGGGCCCCUGUGUUGAGGAUCAGCGUAGUGGAGGUGUUUCCUACCCCAGUCCAGGCCCCAGUUGCACAGGGCGGGGUUCAGACCCAGUGCCCCUAGCUUAAUGAUGAGCUUGGACGGUACUAUGUUGUUGAUGGCUGAGCUAUAGUCAAUGGACAGCAUUCUUACAUAGGUAUUCCUCUUGUCCAGAUGGGAUAGGGCAGUGUGCAGUGCAAUGGCGAUUGCAUCAUCUGUUGAUCUAUUGGGAUGGUAUGCAAAUUGAAGUGGGUGUAAGGUGGAGGUGAUAUGAUCCUUAACUAGCCUCUCAAAGCACAUCAUGAUGACAGAAGUGAGCGCUACGGGCUUUCUUGGGUACAUGAACAAUGGUGGACAUCUUGAAGCAAGUGGGGACAGCAGACUGGGAUAGGGAGAUAUUUAAUAUGUCCGUAAACACUCCAUCCAGCUGGUCUGCGCAUGCUCUGAGGAUGCGGCUAGGGAUACCGUCUGGACCGGUAGCCUUGUGAGGGUUAACACGCUUAAAUUUCUUAUUCACGUCGGCAACGGAAAACGAGAGCCCGCAGUCCUUGGAAGCGGACCGCGUCAGUGGCACUGUGUUAUCCUCAAAGUGGGCGAAGAAGGUGUUUAGCUUGUCCGGGAGCAAGACGUCAGUGUCCGCGACGUGGCUGGUUUUCCCUUUGUAAUCCAAGAUUGUCUGUAGACCCUGCCACAUACAUCUCGUGUCUGAGCUGUUGAAUUGCGACUCCACUUUGUCUCUCUACUGACGUUUUGCCUGUUUGAUUGAUUGCCUUACGGAGGGAAUCGACCAAUUUGAAUUCGACCAUAUUCCCAGUCGCCUUGCCAUGGUUAAAUGCAGUGGAUCGCGCUUUGAGUUUUGCGCGAAUGCUGCCAUCUAUCCACAGUUUUUGGUUUGGGUAGGUUUUAAUAGUCACAGUGGGAACAACAUCCCCUAUACACUUCCUGAUGAACUCAGUCACAGAGGAAACCCAGAACAUAUCCCAGUCCACGUGAUCAAAACAAUCUUGAAGCAUGGAUUCUGAUUGGUCAGACCAACGUUGAAUAGACCUUAGCACGGGUACUUCCUGUUUGAGUUUCUGCCUAUAGGAAGGGAGCUACUAAAUGGAGUCGUGGUCAGAUUUGCCGAAAGGAGGGCGGGGAGGGCCUUAUAACCAUCCUGGAAGGGAGAGUAACAAUGGUUGAGAGUUUUUGUAGCGUGAGUACUACAGGCAAUGUGUUGAUAGAACUUUGGUAGCGUUUUCCUCAAAUUUGCUUUGUUAAAAUCCCCAGCUACAAUAAAUGCAUCCUCAAUAUAUGUGGUUUCCAAUUUGCACAAAGUCCAGUGUAGUUCCUUGAGGGCCGUCGUGGUAUCGGUUUGAGGGGGAAUAAACACGGCUGUGACUAUAACCAAAGAUAAUUAUUGUGGGAAGUAAUACGGUCGACAUUUGAUUGUGAGAUAUUCUAGGUUGGGUGAACAAAAGGACUAUCUUCCUCACCCUAAUUGUAGGCUAACCAAUACCGAAACGGAGAUUCAGUGAAAAUAAAAAUUUGAUUGAUUUAUCAAGACCAGUUCCCAUGCUUGUCUUACACCACCUAGUCAUUCAAGGGUUUUUCUUUAUUUGUACUAUUUUCUACAUAGUAGAAUAAUAGUGAAGACAUCAAAACUAUGAAAUAACACAUAUGGAAUCAUGUAGUAACCAAAAAAGUGUUAAACAAAUCAAAAUAUAUUUUAAAUUUGAUAUUCUUCAAAUACCCACCCUUUGCCUUGAUGACAGUCUAGUUUUCCUCCAUUUCCGCUCGGCUGCCCGGAGCCCUCUUCUGUGAGCUCACAAUGAGUCGUCAAGCAACGGAGCAGGAGGGGAGGACCGAGCCGGCCGGGAGGAUAGGGGACAUAGAGAGUCAAAAUAUGCAGAAAGGGAGGAGAGUAGGGUUGACGAGGCAGAAUCAGGAUAUCGGAGGGAGAAGGAUUUAGCAGAGGGAAGAGAUGAUAGGAUGGAAGAGGAGAAAGUAGCGGGAGAGAGAGAGAGCGGGGUUGCGACGGCACAUUUCCAUCUGAGUAGGGGCAGAGUGAAUAGUGUUGGAGGAGAGCGAGAGAAAAGGAUACAAAGUAGUGGUCGGAGACUUGCAGUGAGAUUAUUAGAAGAACAGCAUCUAGUAAAGAUGAGGUCAAGCGUAUUGCCUGCCUUGUGAGUAGGGGGGGACGGUGAGAGGGUGAGGUCAAAAGAGGAAAGGAGUGGAAAGGAGGAGGCAGAGAGAAAUGAGUCAAAGGCAGACGUAGGGAGGUUAAAGUCACCCAGAACUGUGAGGGGUGAGCCAUUCUCAGGAAAGGAACUUAUCAAGGCGUCAAGCUCAUUGAUGACCUCUCCAAGGGAACCUGGAGGGCGAUAAAUGACAAGGAUGUUAAGCUUGAAUGGUCUAGUGACUGUGACAGCAUGGAAUUAAAAUGAGGAGAUAGACAGAUGGGUCAGGGGAAAAAGAGAGAAUGUCCACUUGGGAGAGAUGAGGAUUCCUGUGCCACUGCCGCGCUGACCAGAUGCUCUCGGGGUAUGCGAGAACACAUGGUCAGACGAGGAAAGAGCAGUAGGAGUAGCAGUGUUUUCUGUGGUAAUCCAUGUUUCCGUCAGCGCCAAGAAGUCGAGGGACUGGAGGGUAGCAUAGGCUGAGAUGAACUCUGCCUUGUUGGCCGCAGAACGGCAGUUCCAGAGGCUGCCUGAGACCUGGAACUCCACGUGGGUCGUGCGCGCAGGGACCACCAGAUUAGUGGCAGCAGCCACGUGGUGUGAAGCGUUUGUGUGGCCUGUGCAGAGAGGAGAGAACCGGGAUAGACAGACACAUAGUUGACAGGCUACAGAAAAAGGCUACAGUAAUGCAAAUGAGAUCGGAAUGAAAUGAACUAAACAUCUGGGAAAGCGAGAGAGCGGUUCAAUGUUUUCUAGGAAUAGACUCUAACUUAGUUUAUUCAGCUAGCUAACGUGGUACAGUAUUCUUCCGUGAAAACCAUCCAGGGCACCGAAUCCUAUGACGCCAUAGCUAUCUAGCAUGCCAGCCUCCAAUAACACGGUUUAGCACCAAUACUUGGUUACAACAAACCACCAGUGUGUUAACACGCCAAACAGAUCAUUCGUGUCCGUGUCUAACGUUGUGUAAAGUUUUGGGUUAGUUUUGACAGUUUGAGUGACUACUUCAUCAACUUAUUCAGCCAGUUAGUUAGCUAGAAUAGUUAGCAUACUAGCUAGCCAUUGCUCUCUGCCAACGGACCAACCCCUCCUCCCACGGCAUGAAACACAGAGAGAGCCAAGCUAACGUUAACUAGUCACCCAUGUCCCGAAUUCCCAUGAACAACCCCUACCCCCCCCUACCUUGUCACAACACAACUGAUUGGCUCAAACGCAUUAAGAAGGAAAGAAAUUCCACAAAUUAACUUUUAACAAGGCACACCUGUUAAUUGAAAUGCAUUCCAGGUGACUACCUCAUGAAGCUGGUUGAGAGAAUGCCAAGAGUGUGCAAAGCUGUCAUCAAGGCAAAGGGUGGCUAUUUGAAGAAUCUCAAAUAUAAUAAUAAUAUGCCAUUUAGCAGACGCUUUUAUCCAAAGCGACUUACAGUCAUGCGUGCAUACAUUUUUUUGUGUAUGGGUGGUAAUAUAAAAUAUAUUAGAUUUGUUUAACACUUUUUUUGGUUACUACGUGAUUCCAUGUGUUAUUUCAUAGUUUUGAUGUCUUCACUAUUAUUCUACAAUGUAGAAACUAGGACAAAUUAAAGAAAAACACUUGAAUGAGUAGGUGUGUCCAAACUUUUGACUGGUACUGUAUAUAUAUCGCUCUCUCAUUUGGCUGUAUGUAUUUUUAGAUAUUGGCCUAUUGUAAAUGUGUAUUGUUGCUUCCAUCUUGUAUUGUAAAACUAAAUACAAGAAGAAUAACUUUAAGCUACAUAUUAUUUUGACAGAGGUAAUGAACUGUCCAUUGAUCAGCACAGCAGUUGAUAAAACAGGACCAUGUUUGAAACAAGUGGUUCUGAGCUUAUGUCAAUAUAACACUGGUAAGAGAACAAUUACAGAAAUUAGGAAUGCAGACCGGCGCUCUCUGAGCUGAUUUGUCCAGCACACCACCACCUGUUAUGUUGGGUACCUACUGACCAAAAACAGGAUGUUUUAUGUUAUGACAUGUAUUGCUACAAGUAAGGUUUAAAUAAAUACAGGCAUGCACCACAUUACUACAAGAAAAAACUGCUCAAUCAAGCCUGAUGGUCUUGUAAGUGUAAAAGCAAAGCUUGCUUUCAUUUAAUAAAAAAUUCAUGAAAAGGUAGCAUAAUGGGAUAAUGUCUGACUGGUGUGUGAAGAAUCCAAUACUUUGCCUUGUAUGUGGUACCAAUCACUAUUGUGGAAGCACCUCUAAGAGUAUGAAUUAGGCUAUUUGAGAAGGUUUACAUCCUAAACAAAAUGCCUACACAUUGUUUGAAGUACUAUACCAACAAAGCUACUGUAGUAGGUGAAAGCUGUGUGCUGGAAAACCUUGGUAGAGCAUGGGUGGAAUAGGUAUUGUGGUGCCCAUGUGAAUUUCCUUAAUUUGUCAGCUUCAGACCAAUGCCUAUUCUCACUUAAAACAGUUUUUGGGUUUUAAUGGUGUAUACUUAACCCUGUGCAUGCUGUUUCCCAGUCUGGGUUGACACAGGCAGUGAGGGACAGUAAGAUCUCGCUGCAGCAGGCUGAGUACGAGUUUCUCUCUUUCAUCAGACAGCACACCCCACCGGGCCACUGUCCCCUUGCAGGUGAGUGGCCCUCUUUCUUCACUGGACUAUAAACAUAGAGAAUACCGUCAUUAAUGCACCAUCACACCUGGGUCGUAUUCAGUAGAAAACGCUCUGAAAAUUGGACUUGGGCUCCCGAGUGGCGCAGUGGUCUAAGGCACUGCAUCGCAGUGCUAGCUGUGCCACUAGAGAUCCUGGUUCGAAUCCAGUAUGAAAAAAAAUAAAAAAAGAUAAUGUAAGUCGCUCUGGAUAAGAGCAUCUGCUAAAUGACUGUACAUGUAAAAUGGGGAUUUUCCCUGAGUGCCAGAUCUGUUUGGGCUAUCAUGCCAACUCAAACAUGUUUGACUUGACAAUGAGCAAUGGAGUUGGCAGGAGCACAAACAGAUCUGGGACCAGGCUAGGUGUUACAACCUGUUCUCCGUUGCAAGACGUUUUGGUACCACCAUGUUUAGCCCGUUUUUAACACUGUUACCAUUUAUUUUGUCUGUUUGCAAAAUUCUGCUUAUCCUUUGCCAUUCAAUGCUAUGUCACUGAGGAAGCAUCAUUACAUAGCAUUUUCGCACAUCCAAAACUGAAUGCCUGGUGCUUUCUUUUUCCCUACAGGGAACUCAGUGCAUGCUGACAAGAAGUUCCUGGACAAGUACAUGCCCCAGUUCAUGCGCCACCUCCAUUACAGGAUCAUCGACGUGAGCACGAUCAAGGAGCUCUGCAGGUGUGUGUGUGUGUGUGUCGAUAAGGCAUAAGUAAUUCACCUGUUUACCCAAGUGAGUCAGUCAGUCAGUAUGUCCUCCGAGAGAGGGGUCAGUCCAAUGUGUCUCUGACUCAGUCAACUCCGAUAGAUGGAUAGGGAACCGGCGCAGGGCUGUUGUAGGUGUCUGGCUGUCGGUAGAGCAUGGCACUUCCAAGGGCUGUGGGUUCGAUUCCCACUGGAGCCACCCAUACAUAAAGUGUAUGCAUGCAUGACUGUAAGUUGCUUUGGAUAAAAGCUUCUGCUAAAUAGCAUAUACGGUCAAUUAUUAUUUUAUUUGUGUGUGUGUGAUGCUGUCUAGCCGAAGUGAUGCAACUAACGGGCCAAGUACCCCUCUAGCCCUAAUCGGACAGCUGAGAACUUUCUCACCCUCUAUUUACCCACCUACGAAAUGCAUGUUCCCACGGUUUUGAAACGCAAUUUGUAACCAAAUGCUGUAUCAUGUCCAGGUGUGAUGGUAUCUGUCAGUUAGGAUUAACAUUUGACUAUUUUCCAAAUUUCUCUCAGCCAGGAUCUUAAUCUGGUGUGCCCAGAGACACAAUGA